AUGUCGGACCACCAAGCCCAAGCGAAUAUCCACAACGUGACGUUCGGCACCGGCUACGACAUCUACAAACACACCAUCCUCCCAGCAAUCGAAGCCGCCCAAGACGAAGUCAUCCUCAUAACCUGCUUCUGGGCCCGCUCACAAACACUCGAUGCCCUGAACGAAAGCCUCCUCAGACUCAGCAGUAACGCCUUGCGAUAUCAGAAAAAGAUCAAAGUCCGAAUAGGCUUCUCCUCCGGCUCUCUUUUCCAAAAAUUACUUUCCACUUCAUCGCCGGCCGGCCAUACUUACGACGCAUCACAAUGGAGCAAGAAGUUAUGGUUGCCAUCGAGGGAAGAUCUGGGCGGUCUUGAUUUGGAGGUGAAGAGUAUCUUCUUCCUGCCGUUGAGUGUAUGGCAUCCGAAGUUUGUGAUUGUGGAUGGCAGGCGUGUGUUUCUGCCCAGCUGUAAUGUGUCGUGGGAGGAUUGGUUUGAGGGGUGCGUUGAGAUGAGUGGACCUCUCGUAGAGGAAUUCCAGAGAUUCUGGCGAGAGCAGUGGGCGAAUGAUGGCGAGAACCGGCCAGCAGUGGAGUCGGCUGCAUCUCAAACAUUUGCUCUGAAUGUGGAGGACGUUGGUGAUGGGGCAGAGCCAUCGAUACGCAUGACCGACAUAACAUGCAAGUUUCUGCCUUCCUGGCAUAAUCGCAAUCCCAACUGGCGACUACCACUCCAGCAAUGCGCACCGCCUCCAGAGACGCCACUGAAUGUGCAGCUGCUGGAGCUGUUCGCCACCGCAAAACAAGAGAUCUUCCUGCAGACACCCAAUGUCACUGCACCGCCAGUGCUGGAUGCUCUGCUACAUGCUUUGAAGAGAGGCAUUGAUGUGAAGAUCACCACCAGCGAAAGGCUCAUGAUACUCGAGCAGCUAGUGACCGCGGGAACAACAACUGACAGAUGCAUGAAGGCCCUCACUAAAGAACAUGAACGAUUGUUAUACCAGCCCUUGGACGAGGAGUCAGGUCUUGCCACUCUUGGACGUCUUGAGAUCUCGUACUACAAACCACGACGAGAGCCAGAAAGGAACGCUAAUCUUAUGGCUGAGCCUGUUCAAUCACACCUCAAGCUAAUGAUCGUGGACAACAGCACGAUCGUUUUUGGCAGCGGCAAUAUGGAUAGGGCAUCGUGGUACACUUCACAGGAGCUCGGUGUGGCGUUCUUUUCCGAAAAACUAUGCCAGCAAACGAGGCAGAAGUUAAAAGCCGCGAUGGAAGGCCGCACGAAGAUCUUGUACGGCAAAGAUCAGACAUGGACUACCCGUCGUCAAUAG